CCCCACCUCACCGAGAUCCUAUCGAUUGGCUGUCUUUUUUCUGCUACUGCUUCCUUCUCCGGAGACUGUAAUUUACAUUUCCUACUGUAAAUUCCACAGUUACUGGACUGGACUGUACUGUAGUUUACUGUAUUGGUACUCAGUGUCCUACUGUCCCAGGACCACGUACUGUACUGUACUGUACUGUACUGUACUGUACGCCUGGUCUAGAUCAGCUUCCCUUCGCCUUCAGAACCUCGGGCCUUGGAAGCAUUCGGUUAGCCCGUCGUGUGGAAGUCUAAAGUCUAUUUGAUCGAGGGGCGUCCGGCAUGGCCAAUCAGCUCGAGCAGCCUCUAGUUUAUGAUUGCUUCAUAGCUUCACGGCCCUGCCCAAACAAAUUAUUAUUCCCUCUUCAUCAUGGCCACCUUUUUUUGAGGCUUGCUGGUAGAUUACAGUAUAUGCUGCAGUGUCCCGUCUUCCCCCUCCCGUCCCGGAACGCUCCAAGUUUUCGACCAACCUGAAUCCACUUUCCAUCGUGCUGGGUCCAGCAGGCAGGGAAAGUCGUUCUAGAUCUGCUGCUUCAGUGAUUUACAUUGAACUACUUGAGCAGGGCAGAGCCCCCUUCGCAAACAAAGUCAGCAUCUAGUUUCCUCCACCCGCCGUCUGUUUUUGAAGUGCUUAGCAGCGCUCUUGUGCCGCGAGGUUUAGAGCCCGCCGUCUGAACUCUAUCUCGACCUCGUGUCUACCAUCAAUCAUGGCCGAACAAGACCGGCAUACACCUGAGGAGGGAGAGAGGGACGACAUCUCGAAAUUGGCUUUCACUGCUGUAGCCGCGCCAGGUCCUGAGUCUAGCAGUGCCUCGACACCUCCUCAUGAGAUACAUGACCUCGAUCAGUAUACCCCAGUAGGAGCUCCGGCGAGUAAAAAGGAAGUCUACUCCUACUACCUUUAUUAUGCAGGAAACAAUGGCAUUGGCUCCUUUCAAUAUUCCAAUCUUCUAUUCCAGAACUUGAUCUACCAAGCAGGAUUCAAUCCCAAUGUCCUCCCCCUCGGCAGUUCCUCUUGCGAUGUUGACCCUGACGCCCCUUGCCAUGUUUUCUGGGGAGGUGGAAACAAACACAAAGCUUAUACUUCUGUCGUUCUCAUCGGAUCCGGCUUGACGUUCCUUUCACAAGCACUCGUCUUCAUCACCGUUGGAAGUCUGGCAGAUUUCGGUAAUUGGAACCCAUGGGUUGUAAGGGGCUUCUCCGUUCUGUCGUGGGCUUUUGAGUUUGGAUUUUUGGGCGUCACCACGGCCUCAAAAUGGAGGGUUGCUAUGGCUUUGUACAUCAUAAGUGGCGUCACGUUCUGGGCCUCGUAUGUCUUCUUCAAUGCAAUUUUCCCUAAAUUAGCCCACGACCUUCCAGAAGUCCGGCAAGCAAGAGAGGACUUACUCAACGGCACGAUUGACGAGGCCCAAUUUGAGCGAACAUGUUCCAUGAGCAGAUCAAGGAUCAUGAAUAUGAGUUAUGUGUGGAACAACGCCGGAUUUACCAUCUGCACCGCCCUCUCGCUGGCGGCACUCGUAGGUAUUGGUGCAGAUGAUUCAGUCGAAAAAAACAACUGGGGAUAUUCCGUGUCAGUUGCAGUCUGUACUGGCUUUUGGAUCCUACUUGCCAUCCCGUGGUUCUUGUGGGAGAAGAAACGACCUGGCCCUAAACUACCAGCUGGAGACAGCUACUUAACUUUCGGAUUCAAGCAGACUUGGUUCGCUGCGAAGCAGGUCUGGACUUUGAAGCAGACCUUCUUCUACCUCGUUGCCUUUUUCCUUCUCGCAGACGGCCUCAGCACGACACUCACACUCAUCUCCAUUGCUCAGGCACAAGUCGUAGAAUUUUCUGCGAUCUCAAAUACAUACCUGAUCAUGGUCCAAGGAGGAUCCGCUGGUAUUGGUGUCUUCUUCGCAUACUAUGUUCAGAAGUUCUUCAAGCUGCGAACCAAGACCAUGCUCCAAAUCACCAAUGCGGGCUGUGUGAUUGCUUCUGGAUGGGGAAUGCUUGGGAUUUGGACCAACAAGGUCGGCUAUCACAAUGAAUGGGAGUUCUGGGCGUUCAAUGCGACCUUCGGAUUGACUCUAGGGCCUCAAUUCUCUUACGGCCAAGCUUUUAUGGCAGAGCUGGUUCCACGUGGCAGAGAGUAUAUGUUUUUCAGUCUUUUGGGAAUCGUCUCGAAGGGAUCUGCUUGGAUCGGACCGAUUGUCAGCAGUGCCAUUGUCGAUGCAAACGGCAACCAAUGGACCGCAUUCCCCUGGGCAGCGUCUCUGAUUGUCGUCCCUUUCGUCGGGAUCUUCUUCAUUGACGAGGUGAAGAGCAGAAAGGAGUGUUCUGAGUACUUGGCAAGAGAAGCAACUUCUUUGAGGAAAUUACAAGAGGAAUCCCAUGGAAAGGCUCAUACAACCUAGCCUGAUAUUUUGUUCAUAUAUUUUACCUCAGAUUCCACCGUAUAGUACCCAUAUCAUGAAAAUAGACAUAUGUUACUCGAUACCACAAUAUACUGUACCGCACGUUUAUUCACAAAUAGAGACUGCUAAUCUUGGCACGCGAGGGUGGGUAAGAUCUCUAUUUUCUCAACCAACUGCCAGGGACUGGGGUGAGGGUUGGAGACUUUGGUGUGUCUCCGCUCAACCCCAUUAUUGGGGUAUCAUACGGUACCUUGACAAGCAACUCGUUUGUGAUCCUCCCCGGACGACGGCCUGGGGUAAUAUUCAAAAACAAGAAACAUUAGAUCCCGGAUCGCUGCUAUGCUCUAUCGACCUGAUUACUGUCAUGCCGAUCUUUGGUGCCGAGCUCGAUUUUUAUCAAAAUUCCGUGAAUCACCUGUAGGAAACUGAAUUAUGCGCUUCCGUCCCAAAUCGAUUUCAUCUAAGCAGGUAGUCAAUAUUCAGCAGAAGAGCUGAACAUCUGCUCAUGGCCCGGGGCGCCUUGGAAGGAUUUCUUUGACAUCUCCGUUCGAUCAGACGGGGGUCUACCAGACAAGCAGCGAAACAUCUAUGUGAGGCUAUCGAGAAGACUUGAGGAGCUCAUCUCAGCCUGCCUAUCACGCACACGCCAGCAUUCCUCAAGACGCCACAAGGGUCCGAAUCGCCGAUCUGCCCCAAAAGUCUGGGAGGAUGAGAUGGGAUUAUUGGCGUUUGAGAUCGUACGACUUCGGAAGUAACAGAGUUUUCGGCUGAGACGUGAAGGCUCGAAGCUAGAAAACUGCUUGUCCUGAAGUGGUUCAUUGCACCGUUUGAAGCGUGGGCUGCAAGCCGGAGGCGUUCACUGUUGUCCUGCUGUCCAGUUGUCCAGUUGUCCAGUUGUGCUGUGUGCUGUGUGCUGCUGUGCUGCACUGUAAUAAUGCACUUCUGCGGAACAGGGAAUGGGCUCGAAUCCGAGAAAGUUUAAAACCCGUCGUUCGACGCACGAUUCCUGUCCUGUGUCACAUCCGGUGCUUCCCCGGAUGGCGCCCCAUCAUCCCAUCAUCCCAUCCCAUCCCAUGCCAUACACCCAUCCGUUUAGCAAGUCCUUCUGGAGGUAUGCUUCUUUAAAACAUCUGCGUCCAGCGAGUCAGGAUUGUUCGCAAGUAAAUUUAUGUAUGGUGAGGCGUGCACCCGCUGGGGGAUGGGUCUCUGUUGGUCUGCUAGACUUCUUCCAGCACCCACUGCAUUUGAAAGACGUCGGCCAGCUGCGGAUGGACACCCGAUUUCAUUAGUGACCUACUGGACCUGGGAAUAUUCUGAACUCUCAUGGCAGCAGAUCAAGCGCAGUUGACAUGAAAACAGCAAGGCAGGGCAAGGAAGAUAUUUGGCACUCCUCUUUGGAAGGGAGGCAGCGGAGAAGAAAUGCCAUUUGCGGCAUUCUUCUCCUGUCCUUGCGAUAGUGCUCAGUGCUCAGUGCUCAGUGCUCAGUGCUCGAAGCGUUCGUCAGGCUCCCUUGCAUCACUAGACCUUGGCCUUGGCCUUGACCUUGACCUUGACCUUGACCUCCCUUGCAUCCCUUGUUGUGGUGGUCUAGGUAACUGCUGCAUUUUGCAUGUAAAUUUAACUUGCGUUACCUAGGUAAAUUCACGGCCGUAAAUUCACCUCUGCCCUGGUGGUAAAUUUACC